CAAGAGUCCUGAUUUUAGAGAUCGCUUGCUUAAAAAAGAUGAAUGGACUUCUGUAGGCCUGCAGUUUGAAAUACCUCAUGACGAAGCUGUAAAGGAAUUUAAAAAUGUACGCACAUACUUCAAUAGUGAAGUAAAGAAAUUAGAGAAGAAGCAAAAAAGCGGCAGUGGCGUUUUUCAAGAUAGCAAGUGGUUCGCUUUCAAAAGUUUGAUUUUUUAAAAGGCGCGGAUGAAGCUGAUUCAUGACUAGAAACGCAAACACAAUCAGAGAUUGGCUCUGCCGACCCGCCAUCUGUACACUAACAGUUAUACUCAUAUGUAGCGUCCUUCAUGGUGUUUUCGUGUAUAAUGUUGUUUCAGUUAUAAAACUGUACGGUUGUCUGUUCGCUUUUGUUUCCGUUUGUGAAAAAUUGGUUCUUGAACACGGUGCGAACGUACAAGAAGAAAACUGCAAGAGGUAUUAUUCCAAUUGAACAAUAUGAAAGUGCCAUGCAGGCCAUAUUACAAGAAAAAUUAUCAAUUAGAGAUGCUGCUACUCGCUACGGGGUUAAUUUUAUGACGUUACACCGCUAUAUGAAAAGAAAGUUAGCCCUAAACGUUGAAAACAGAAGCAAGUGCUUAGUUGGCUACGCUGCGCACAGAAAAAUAUUUAACGAUGCCGAAGAACAGGAACUUGCGAAAUACAAGUAUUCCGCUAAAAUUUAUUACGGUCUUACAACUUCUGAUUUGCGCAAACUUGCAUUUCAUUUUGCGAUAGCAAACAACAUAUCUGUUCCAGAAAAUUGGAAGGUGAAAGAAAUAGCUUCCAAGGAUAGGUUAUAUGGAUUUCUGAAGAGGCAUCAAACUUUAUCUGUCAGAACACCCGAAGCUACUAGUAUGGGCAGAGCCACUGUGUUUAAUCGCCAUAAUGUGUCGCAGUUUUCCAAUAAUCUUGGCAAGG